AUUAAUCUAAGCGGUGGUCAAAAACAACGAAUCAGUUUAGCGCGGGCUGUAUAUAACGAGGCGGAUGUGUAUCUGUUGGACGACCCGCUGUCGGCCGUCGACUCUCAUGUGGGGAAACAUAUCUUCGAUAACGCGAUCGGACCAAAAGGUUUACUUAAAAACAAGACCAGGAUUUUGGUGACACAUAAGAUAGCAGUCCUCCCACAUGUCGACGAAAUUGUAGUCCUAAAGGACGGCCACAUCUCUGAGUGCGGCUCCUAUUCACAGCUCAUCAGAAACGGCGGCAGUUUUGCUGAAUUCUUAGCCGAGUUUAUGGCUGAAGGACCGGACGAAAUAGUAGAGCCCGAAGAUAUGGAGAUCAUCGAAGAGAUGGCUAAUCAUAUUGUCUCUGUUAACAGAGCGAAUAGUCCGUUACCUUCAUACUACUCUUCGUCAAGUUACCAAUCGUGGCCUCUCAGCCUUUGUCACCUCCGCCUGUCUGUCGUCUUCUGUCUCCUGGAGAAGACAAUCGAAAACUCGAAACUCAUUUCAACGGAACACCUGAAGACGGGUUCCGUCGGAUAUAAAACAAUCGAAAACUCGAAACUCAUUUCAACGGAACACCUGAAGACGGGUUCCGUCGGAUAUAAAGUGUAUUACGAUUACAUGAAAGCCAUAGGAAUUUUGGGGACAUUCAUAACAAUUUUCUCAUACAUAGCGGCAAAUGGUUUUGCUGUUGGAUAUCAGCUUUGGUUGAGUGAAUGGACGAGUGAUUCACAUAAGAAUUCCUCAAAUACUGUAACAACAUCUGAAAGACUGGAAGUGUAUGCGGCGCUAGGUUUAGGGCAAACCAUUUUUAUAUUGAUAGCUACCAUAACGUUAAACUUAGCAUGUCUUCGGGGCUCUAGUAUUCUUCAUGAGUUAAUGCUCGAGAAUGUGAUACGCCUUCCCAUGUCUUUCUUUGAUACAACGCCUAUAGAAAUCCAGCAUAAGAGUUAUCCAAAAAAGUCUCGGCGGCCAAGACAUGUAAUCAUAGCGGCGGGAACUCCUAUAGUGUUGGUGUCAUUCAUACCGUUAGGAAUUCUGUAUUACGCCGUCCAGAAGUACUACAUCUCCACAUCCCGUCAAUUAAAGCGUUUGGAUUCAGUGUCCCGAUCGCCCAUAUAUUCACACUUCUCAGAGACAGUGACCGGCGCCUCAUCCAUACGAGCUUACGGUGCGAUUCAACGCUUUAUUGAGGAGUCAAACCGGAAACGUUUGGAUUCAGUGUCCCGAUCGCCCAUAUAUUCACACUUCUCAGAGACAGUGACCGGCGCCUCAUCCAUACGAGCUUACGGUGCGAUUCAACGCUUCAUUGAGGAGUCAAACCGGAAAGUGGAUGAAAAUCACAGCUGCUAUUACUCUAGAAAUGCCGGUCUGUCCAUCAACUCUGCGUUGCAAAUAACGGCAACACUUAAUCAAUUAGUCAAAGGAAGUACUGAUUUGGAGUCCAAUAUUGUUUCGGUUGAGAGGAUAAUAGAGUACACGAAAGAGGAACAGGAGGCCGAGUGGUUCAGAGAUGAAUCCAAAUUGAAUGAGUCCUGGCCCUCGAACGGUGCCAUUAGUUUCAAUCGCUACAGUACCAGAUAUAGGGAAGGACUGGAUCUGAUACUGAAACAAAUAGAUGUGAAUAUAGAGCCGGGAACUCGAGUGGGAAUUGUUGGCCGAACCGGUGCUGGAAAGUCAUCCCUAACACUGGCUCUCUUCAGAAUUAUUGAAGCCGAUAGCGGUUCCAUAUCUAUAGAUGGUGUCACUAUAGCUGAUCUGGGUCUACAAGAAUUGAGAUCCAGGUUGACUAUCAUCCCUCAGGAUCCGGUGCUCUUCACGGGUACCCUACGAAUGAAUUUGGAUCCGUUCAACAGGUAUUCGGACAGUCAGUUAUGGACAGCACUAGAGUUGGCUCAUUUGAAGAAAUACGCCAAUUCUUUAGAGGCCGGACUCGACCACCAAAUAUCAGAGGGCGGCGAUAAUCUGAGCGUCGGUCAGAAGCAAUUGGUAUGUCUGGCCAGAGCUCUACUCAAGAAGUCUAAGAUUCUAGUCUUGGAUGAGGCGACCGCUGCGGUCGACCUCCAGACCGAUGAACUCAUUCAGAGGACCAUAAGAGAUGAGUUCUUCGACUGCACUAUUGUUACGAUCGCUCACCGAUUGAAUACAAUCAUGGAUUACGACAAAGUGAUGGUUAUGGACAGUGGGACUGUCGUUGAGUAUGACUCACCCAACGCACUGCUCAAUGACAAGCACACCACCUUCUACUCGAUGACCCGGGAUAGUCACCAGAGA